AUGGAUUCAUCCAACGAUGCAGUUUCUGGGUUCAAAGAUAAGGAGUCAAUGGUUGACCCUUUUUUGGUUGAAGCUCUUCAGAACCCUCGUCAUCGUCUUACCAUUCUGAGGAUGGAGCUGGAUAUCCAGAAAUUUCUGAAUAAUGCGGAUCAACAGCAUUUUGAGUUUCAGCAUUUCCCUUCUUCCUAUCUCAGAUUGGCUGCUCAUCGUGUUGCUCAACACUACAGUAUGCAAACAAUGGUUCAAGAUAAUGGCUUAGAUGGCCAGAGUAAAAUUCUGGUCAGGAAGUUACCUGAAAGCAAGUAUCCUGUGGUUCGGUUGUCUGAAAUACCUGUAAAACAGUUGGACAAUGAGAAAUCUGAGCAGAAAAAAAUUGUUAUUCGACCUAGGCCUAAUAAAUGUUUGAAUGGAGCCAAUGAUUCUGCUAGAAAAGGAAAUCCUCUAAGAAGCGUGGAAGAGAGGAAGGAGGAAUAUGAUCGGGCAAGAGCACGUAUCUUUAAUGGCUCUACUGGCUUUGAUUCAAGUGAUACCCUGGCUUUGGUCCCAAUAGAUGGGAGAAGUUCUUUAGUGAACAAGGAUGAGAGUGAAACUAGCAAAAUACCCAUGACUGAUUCUGAAAGAUACAUUAGUAUGAGAGAUAAUAGUUAUCCUCGAGUUGCCAUUAUCAGAGAUAGGGAAAAGGAUCGAAGUGAUCCAGAUUAUGAUCGUAGCUAUGGAAGGUAUGCUAGGAGUCUCUCAGCCUCUGCAGUUAAUUUGGUGCCCUUUAAUUUGCCAAAAGCUCAACCUUCAUUUGCUCAGUAUGACAUUACUUUUAAUCAGUUGGGUCAGAUGUCACAAACUCAGGCUUCACUUGGAUACAGACCUCCUUCAACCCCGAUAAUGAGCCCUUUUUGUACCCCAGGAUUGAAUCCAGCAUCUGGAGAUGGUGCUUACCUACAGUGGCCAAGUCCUACAAUGAUGUAUGCACAUUCAUAUGACCAAUUUAGACAUGCUGUUUACCAGGCUCCAUUUGGUCAACCGUUGAGCUUUGAUUAUUCACAGAACUAUUAG